AUGCAGCGCCGCGCAGGUCCCUACCGCCCCAUGCGCAACCUCGCCAACCCGAGCCGCGCCCCGUUCACAAAUGACAUCUCCCCCCUCCUCUCACGCUCACGCUGUCUCAUACAGCACAGCCUCGGCUUCCGCAGCCAGGACGCCUUCGUCCGAUGGCUCACGUCGGACGAAGUGCGCCAACCGUGGCUCGAAUUCAAGCGCGACUUCCUCUCGCGGUACGACGUCUCCCGCUUCCGCUCCGAGGCGUACACGCAGGCGCAUAUCAACGCCAGCUUCACCGCGCGGGACAACCGCUACCGGAAUCGGCCCGUGCGCCAGCGGCUCUGGAGUUACUUUGACGGAUACAGAAUCACAUGCCUCCUCGGCAAGCCGCGCACUGUGGCGUGGCUGGCAGAGGGGGCCAAGUGGCACGACAAGCGGGAGUGGGACGUCAACUGCCACUUUGCCUGGUUUGCCGCGCAGGUCUCGAAGGGAUCAAGGGAUAGCGUACUCUAA